GCGGAGUUUAUUUAUCAAACGGAUGAUCUACACACGUUUGGAGUUGUUCUUCUCACCGACGGGCUUACGUUACUAUAGUGCAGAGAAGAGGUGCGUCUCUUCACGUCGAGUGGAGAGAGAGAGAGAGAGAUGGGAAAGAAGGCCAUGUCUCCGGCGGCGGUGGCGGCUCUGCUGCUGUUUUUGGGAAUCGCUGGAGUCGUGUCGGACGCCUCCGAUCACCGGUACAAGCCUGAGGAUCCGGUCCCCCUCUACGCCAACAAGGUUGGCCCCUUCCAAAACCCUAGCGAGACCUAUCGGUACUUUGAUCUGCCCUUCUGCACCCCAGAACACGUGACCGAGAAAAAAGAAGAUCUUGGUGAGGUUUUGAAUGGGGACCGCCUGGUUGUUGCCCCAUACAAGCUUGAUUUUCGUGUGGAUCAAGAUUCCCAAGUGGUCUGCAAGAAACAGCUCACAAAAGAAGAUGUAGCCAAGUUCAGGAAUGCAGUCAUCAAGGAUUACUAUUUUCAGAUGUAUUAUGAUGACCUCCCUAUUUGGGGAUUUAUUGGGAAGGUUGACAAGGAAGGAAGGGACCCAAGUGAGUACAAGUACUUCCUUUACAAGCAUAUCCACUUUGACAUUCUCUACAACAAUGACCGUGUGAUUGAGAUUAAUGUCCAUACGGAUCCCAAUGCACUGGUGGAUGUCACGGAGGAUAGGGAUAUUGAAGUAGAGUUUCUAUAUUCUGUGAAGUGGAAAGAGACAACCACACCCUUCAGCAAGAGAAUGGAUAAGUACUCGCAGUCCUCUUCGCUGCCACACCACUUGGAGAUACAUUGGUUUUCAAUAAUAAAUUCAUGUGUCACAGUUCUUCUCUUGACUGGCUUUCUUGCCACAAUUCUGAUGCGAGUGCUGAAGAAUGAUUUCGUCAAGUAUGCUCAUGAUGAGGAGUCAGCUGAUGACCAGGAAGAGACUGGGUGGAAGUAUAUCCAUGGGGAUGUCUUUAGGUUCCCAAAGAACAAGUCACUUUUUGCUGCUUGUCUUGGUUCUGGCACUCAGUUAUUUGCUCUCACGGUUUUUAUUUUUAUUCUUGCACUGGUUGGGGUAUUCUACCCUUACAAUCGUGGAGCUCUUUUUACUGCUCUGGUGGUCAUCUAUGCACUUACGUCAGGCGUUGCUGGUUACACUGCUACCUCUUUCUAUUUUCAGCUUGAAGGGACAAACUGGGUGAGGAAUUUGCUUUUGACAGGAUGCCUGUUCUGUGGGCCUCUCUUCCUGAUGUUUUGCUUCCUGAAUACUGUUGCCAUUGUUUAUAGUGCUACUGCAGCAUUACCAUUUGGCACAAUUGUUGUUAUUGCUCUCAUAUGGACACUGGUGACUGCUCCUUUGCUUGUUUUGGGUGGAAUUGCUGGUAAAAACAGCAAGACAGAGUUCCAAGCUCCUUGUCGUACCACCAAGUAUCCUAGAGAGAUUCCACCAUUGCCAUGGUAUCGAGGAACUAUCCCACAGAUGGCAAUGGCUGGCUUUCUGCCAUUCAGCGCCAUCUACAUUGAGCUUUACUAUAUAUUUGCCAGUGUGUGGGGCCACAGGAUUUACACCAUCUAUAGCAUUCUCUUUAUAGUUUUCAUCAUUCUCCUCGUUGUCACUGCUUUCAUUACCAUAGCUUUGACCUACUUUCAACUGGCUGCUGAAGAUCAUGAAUGGUGGUGGAGGGCAUUCCUUUGUGGAGGAUCAACUGGCUUGUUUAUUUACGGAUACUGCUUGUACUACUACUAUGCUCGCUCAGAUAUGUCAGGUUUCAUGCAAACUUCUUUCUUCUUUGGGUAUAUGGCGUGCAUCUGCUAUGGUUUCUUCUUAAUGCUCGGGAUGGUGGGCUUCCGUGCUGCCUUGCUGUUUGUCCGUCACAUAUACCGGUCCAUCAAGUGCGAGUAGCCAAUUCCCGAUUGAGAUCAAUACAUGCAUCUCUUUUUGGUUAUGUAAGCUUUGCUUAUAGAGAAGAAAGGCAUAUCUGAUGUGUUAAAGCCUGAAUUUACAUGCAAAUCGCAACCAGCAGCAGCAGCAACAGUUUUAGUAGGAUCAUUUUUUAGGUACUUAGGCGGUGAAUCAUAAUUUUUGGUGGGAUUGCCCUUCGAUCUGUUCUUUUUCCUGCUUCCUUUUCUCUUCUGUAUCUUGCUGGAAAGUUUGUAUCAAUUCAAGUACCUGAAUGUUUCCUGAAAAAGAUUCCUUCUGAUACCUGGAUCGAUGUAGAGGGCGUAAUUUUGACGAACUUAUGUUUGCAUGGAUUAUUCUGUUUGAUGUACUAGCUACUAGUUACAUUUCAAAGCUACUCGAUGAGAAUCUUAUAAAUGGGUCUGUCAAUUU